UCUUUUUUCUUCUGUGUUUGGUGAUACUUUGCAUGGUAAAUUAGAAUAUUUUUGAAUAUCAAUAUGUCCUGUAGAUAUAAGUUUCCAUAGCUCUUCUUUGCUGAUGAAGGAAAGUCUUUGUACUGUCAUUUCCUUUUCUGACAGAGGAAUUUCGUUGUCAGUCAUCGCUAUUAUAAAGGAUCAUAACUUUGCUUUUAUAUUUGCAUUAUAUUGUCAUGUGUGCUGUGUUCUUCAGUUCUUCAGUUCUUCAAAAUUCAACGGUUUGAAGAGGUAGAAGCAGAUAUAGGUGAAUGUGAGUUUGAAUGAAGUGUUACAAUCUAGACAUAGUAAUUAUCUCCAAAUGGAUUAAAUCCUUCUCGAUUUACUUUUCCAAAAUAGUUCAAAAUCAUUAUACGUGUUUUCGCAAUUCAAGUCCCAAGCCCAAUUACAGACUCGCCAAACUGUAUUGAAAGCAUAUUUCACCAAAUUUUUAACGCAUAACUCAUUCAGCUUUAUUUUUUUUUAUAUACAGUUUAUUCUUAAUUACAGAGGCCUUUAAAGUGACUUGACUUAUUAUUCUAUCUGAAUAUUGAGCUUUUCGUGAAACAAUCAAAGAAACAAAUAUACUUAGCGUUCAGCAUGACUCAGGUCUAUAAGAAAAAGAUUCGGUCGUUAAUGUCAAAAGUACUAGCUGAUUUGAGUGACCAACUGAUUGAAGCUGAAUCUAGUUCUGUUUGUGAAAAAGUUUUAAGUCUUCCUGAAUGGAUAAAGAGCAAAAAUGUUUGCCUUUUUAUGAGCAUGCCUCAUAUGGAAAUACGCACUCAUGAACUUGUUCACCAAGCUCUGAAACAAGGAAAAAAUGUUUUUUUACCCAAAUGUGAAGGACGCCAUACAAUGUCAAUGUAUCAAGUAUACAGUACUGAUCAGUUGAUCAUAAAUAAAUGGCAAAUUCCUGAACCAGACGGGUUGUCUCCAAAAGUAAUGGAUGAUGAAAUUUACUGUGACCUAAUAAUAAUGCCCGGCGUAGCCUUCGAUUCAAACUUGGCACGGCUUGGUCAUGGCAGAGGUUAUUAUGAUGAUUUUAUUCAUCGUUACAAGGCUUGGUGUUCUCAAAAUAGUUCCAGAUGCGACAUUUAUAAAGUUGGGAUAUGUUUGUCGGAACAAGUUCUUCCAAAUCACCAAAUUCCUAUGAGCCCUCUAGACGAGUUUCUUGACUUACUUAUUACUCCUGAAAACAUAUAUCAAAGACACAAUACCGCGAAAGAAUGAACUACUGCUGCAUUAUCAAAAUAAUAAAUCUAAAGCUCGUUUAGACUACAGUGAUGUACUCAUAGAUAUUAUUCAUUUCAAUCUACUGAAAAGAGGAAGGAUGUAAUGACAAGACUUAAAAACGUA